AUGAAGAAAAUGAUGGUAGUGAAGAUGGAUAUCAGUGAUGAGAAAUUCAAACUGAGGGCCAUGAAAUCUGUUUCGGGUUUCACAGGGGUUGAUUCAAUAUCAUGGGAUAUGAAAGAAGCACAGAAGAAACUGAAAAUAACUGGAGAUAUUGAUCCUGUUGAUAUUGUAACCAAAUUAAGAAAGCAUUCUCAUGCAGAAUUACUACUAGUUGGUCCAGCAGAAGAACCAGAGAAGAAAAAAGAACCAGAUGAGAAGAAAAAAGAACCGAAAAAAGAAGAAGCCAAGAAGAAAUAA